UCCCUCUCUCGAGCGAGUGAAUUGAAGAGGAAAGUGAGCUUGGAAUUUCGAUUUGCGUUGAAAUGGGCCUCGUAAUCGCUCGUGUUUAUCUAUCAUUGCCGAGAGCGAGAGAGAUACGUUACUUGGAAAGUUACGGGAGCUUCGUUAUAAAAAAAAAAACGUGUCGCUGUGGUACAGACAUUCCUAGUCCGUGGCAAAUCCCUCUAUAAAUACAUCUCCUAAUACAUGUUUCAUACUUUGAUGUAAUAAUAGACACACGUUCGAAAUCACCGUAUAUAGCAGCAUCAAAGUUAAGCCAUUUAAACAGCUCCCAAAAUACACGUCAACAUCGCGCGCACUCCCGACACCCAAAAGAAGGAAAUCGUCGCGCAUUAAUACACACAGCCUCUAAAACAGAUAUAUAAGCCCCGACUGCAGCUAAACGAGCCGCCGGACAAUCCUUUACGACCGCUCAUGAUCCGCCGAAACACGCGAAGUAAAUCUCCAUAAAUCAGAGACACUCCUCUCACACACAGACGCCGAAAAGCGAACCAAACGCGUAUUUAUUUCGGCUCCGACUCAAAAGAAAUCUUCUUCCUCGUCGUCGUCGUCGACAGGUAUAUCUAGUCGGCAUUCCGCUACUCUCGCGCCUCCGAUCGUCGAUGUCUCCCACGUAGUUAUGGCAACCGCACCGGGAGGCUCUCGCUCGCGCUCCCGCUGAGGACGUCUUCGACCUCAGCGGAGCUGCCGGUUAUUUUUGAUGCGCCGACACGGCUUUCCUCGAAGAGCUGCUGCGGAAAUUCGUCGAGAUUUGAAAAUUCGCGCCAUUUCUCCCGUUUGUUUAUUCCUGCCUGCGCACGGUAUUUUCGAAAAUAUUUACAACCGUACACUCGCACCGUGAAAUACCAAACGGACCGCCCUCGGACGACUCUAUUUUUCCAAUACACAGUAAUGUUGUCAGGUAGAGACGAGAUUACACACCGGUGUCCCUUUCCCGGUAUACAGACCUCCCGGGCUGCUGCGCCUCCACACGGCGGCACUUUUCCUUUUUUCUUUCUCGCCGACUUUUCUCUCUCCUCGCUCAAAGCUAUUAUACACACCUUUCACGUUGCGCGCGCGCCAUAAUUCACGAUCGCUCGGGGAGUUUAUCGGCGAUUAUCGGCCGGUGCUAGACGGUGAAAACGUCGCUUCUUCCUCCCUUUUGUCGGCAAACGGAGCUGCUGCUGCUGCAUCUCUCUUCGACGGAUAGAACGAUGAGCAUUAGGAAGGACUCCCCCUCCCCCCCGAGAUCUAUCGCGCGCAGUCGAGCGUAAGUAGAGCCGUUCCCGUUGAGAUCGAAUUAUUUCACUGUCCCGAUUGUUUUCUAAGAAAAAAUAAUACCGUAUGCAAAUUUUCGCUUUAUAUAGAAAUAGCUACUGCUUCUGCUUCGAGGAGUCUUGAACUCGAGCCAAGUACGUAGUGCACUCGUGCUCCUCGAUUUUCGCCUAAAAAUACCUUACACGCACGCAGCCGAGUAUAGGUGAGCGACCUCCCCUAAUUAACGCCCGGCGCGCUUUAUAUGAAUAAUUUCCGCGAAUCCUAUAUAAAACGUGCUCCCGAUGAAAAGCGAGCAAACUGCACUUCCGAGCGUGUAUGCAGCGCGGGAAAUUGGAUCGGCUUGGCGAUUGGAGAAAAAAAACCUGUUCCCCGAGCUCGUGCCUGAUGCUGUGUGUGUAGUAGACCUUCCAGGAUCUCGAGGCCGAGAAGGCAAUAAUGGGCUCGAUCGUCUACUGCAUCCAUCACAAAGACGGCUGCAAGUGGUCCGAUGAGCUGAGGAAGCUCAAGGCCCACCUGAACACGUGCAAGCACGACGCCGUUCCCUGCCAGAACAAAUGCGGGGCUAUGAUACCGCGCGUGCUCAUGGACGACCACGUCAAGUACACCUGCGCUCAGAGACGCGCGCGCUGCGAGUUCUGCGCCAAGGAGUUCACCGGUUACACCCUCGAGAAGCACGUGGGCACUUGCGGCUACGAGCCGCUCUACUGCGAGAACAAGUGCGGCAUGAAGGUGCAGCGUCGCCACCUGAGCCAACACAAGCUCGGAGAGUGCGCGAAACGGCUGAUGGCCUGCCGCUACUGCAACAAGGAGUUCGUCUUCGACACCCUGUCGGCGCAUCACGCCAAGUGCGGCCGCUUCCCCGUGGCCUGCCCGCACCGCUGCGAGACCGCCGUGCUGCCCCGCGAGGACCUCGAGGUCCACCUCAAGGACCACUGCACCACCCACCUGCUCUCCUGCUCGUUCAAGGAGGCUGGCUGCAGAUUCAAGGGCAACCGCUUCUCCCUGGACAAGCACAUGGAGGAGUCGACCAAGACCCACCUGAGCCUCAUGUGCAGCGUCGUCUCGAAGCAGCAGCACCAAAUCACCAGCCUCAAGGCGGCCAUGAACAAGAUGUCGCUCAACUACUCCGGCACCCUCAUCUGGAAGAUCAGCGACUUCGCCGCUAAAAUGGCCGAGGCCAAGUCCAAGGAGGGCGUCGAGCUCAUCAGCCCCCCGUUCUACACUAGUCAAUACGGAUACAAACUUCAGGCUUCGCUAUUCCUGAACGGCAACGGCACCGGCGAGGGCACCCACAUCUCCAUCUACAUCAAGAUCCUGCCCGGCGAGUACGACGCCCUGCUUCGCUGGCCCUUCUCGCACAGCGUCUCCUUCACGCUCCUCGAUCAGGCGCUCGUCGCCGACAAGGCCUGCAACAUCGUCGAGAGCUUCAUUCCCGACCCGACCUGGAAGAACUUCCAGAGGCCGAGUCGCGAACCGGACAGUCUCGGAUUCGGCUUCCCUCGAUUCGUCUCCCACGAGAUGACCAAGAAGCGACACUUCAUCAAGGACGACACGAUGUUCAUCAGGGUGAAGAUCGAUCCCAGCAAGAUCGUCGCUGUUUGA